AGGGCGGGGCGGGCAUGGCGCAUGCGCGGGGAUAGGAGCCCGCCAUGGCGGACGGCUCUCGCUCGGAUUCCCAAAGCCCGGUGAUUAGAAAGGGAGGACCGCCAGUCGGGAAGCCGAAAGUAAACCUCACCGAUGCCGCCGCGGCCCGGGGGUCGGACAUGGAAGGGGAGAGCUCCGGGCGUGCCGGGGAGCAGCCUCGGGAAUGCGGGGACUGCGGCCAGAGCUUCCCUUGCCCGUGCCGCCUGGAAUCGCAACGGCGCAGCCACACCGGGGAGCGGCAGCACGCCUGCCCGGACUGCGGCAAGGGCUUCGCCCGGGCGGCCGGUCUGCAGAAGCACCGGCGGGCGCACACCGGCGAGCGGCGGUUCACCUGCUCGGCGUGUGGCAAGGGCUUCGCCGAGUCCUCGCACCUGCUGAGGCACCGGCGGGUCCACACCGGGGAGCGGCCGUUCGCCUGCCCUGAGUGCGGCAGGGGCUUCACCGAGCCGUCGAGCCUGCGGCGGCACCGGAGAGCGCACCGCGGGGAGCGGCCGUUCGCCUGCCCCGAGUGCGGCAGGGGCUUCGCCGACACGCCCGCGCUGCUCUCGCACCGGCGGCGGGUCCACACUGAGGAGGAGCGGCCCUUCGCCUGUCCGGACUGCGCCAAGCGCUGGAAGAGCGCCCGGGACCUGCUGUCCCACCGGCGGGUGCACACUGGCGAGCGGCCGUUUCGCUGCUGCGGGUGCGGGGCCGGCUUCAAGGCAUCAUCAGCGCUGGCCAAGCACCGGCGGACGCACACCGGCGAGCGGCCGUACACCUGCCCCCGCUGCGGGGCCGGCUUCAGGCAGUCCUCGCAGCUCACCGUCCACCGGCGGGUGCACACCGGCGAGCGGCCCUUCGCCUGCCCCCGCUGCGGCAAGCGCUUCACCCAGUCCUCCCACCUGCAGAUCCACCGGCGGGUCCACACCGAGGAGCGGCCCUUCGGCUGCCCGGACUGCGGCAAGCGCUUCAAGAGCUCCGGGGAGCUCCUGCUGCACCAGCGGGUCCACACCGAGGAGCGGCCCUUCCGCUGCUCCCACUGCGGCUCCGGCUUCCGGCGAUCGUCCGACCUGGCCGAGCACCGGCGGACGCACACCGGGGAGCGGCCGUUCGCCUGCGCGGAGUGCGGCAGGGGCUUCACCCAGUCGUCCACCCUGCUGAGGCACCAGAGGGUGCACAAGUCACUCCGGGCGCGGAGGGUGACCGUUCAGCCCCUCCCCGUCUCCACAAGCUCCUCACCCCUGACCGAAAAACCAGCCCCCAUUCCCUUAAAAUCUCAGCCAGACCAUUCACAACACAUUUCGUUCAACGCGAAUUCGCUGUGUCAUGAUAAAUGAUUCGGCAACGCUGAUCCUAAAACUUUAAAAAUAAAUACAGGAAGUGAUUACAUCACCAACACUUUACGAUCUGAUUCAAAAGCAUCGUUUUCUAUAAAGUUGUGGUUUACUCCUGCUUUUUUGAUAGCAUCCAAUCCUUUACCCCUGUGAAUGGUUCCCUCUUAGACUCAGAAUCCCUACAGAGUGGAAACAGGCCUUGCCAGCCCAUCGAGUCCAAACCACCACCCACACAUCCCAAGUGGAGCCACUCCCUGUAACCCUGCAUUUCCCACGGCCCGAUCUAUCUAGCCUGCGCAUGUUUGGACGGUGGGAAGGAGCCGGAACAGCUGGAGGAAACCCCGCUCAGACAUGGGGAGAAUGUGCAAACUCCACAUAGACAGUCGCCAGAAGCUGGAAUGGAAUCCAGGUCACUGGCGCGAGGCAGCAGUGCUUACCACUGAGCUACCGUGCUGCCCCGUGACAUGAGCUAACCAAAAUUCUGUGGGUCAGGAGUUACUUGCAGGCCAGACGAAGUAAGGAUGGCCGUUUCCCUCCCUAAAGGAUGUUAAUGAAGGUGGGUUUUUCUUUAACUGACAACCAACAAUGGAUUCAUGUCAUUAAUGGACUUAAUUCCAUAUUUUUAUUGUGGAAGGAAUUGUGCUUUCAAAAGCCAGUCACUGAAGCUCAUUGUGUAUGGUGUUUGCACAGCUGCUUUGUUCAAACAGAGAGGAGAGGCUAUUUUGUCAGUGGCCUGACACCAGGGAGCAAAUGCAGGGUGAGAAUCGUCCGGCAACAAGUAGCUGACUGGUUGGUGAAAAUGUGACUAAUUGUGGACGGCCAAAGUCAUCAUGAGGACAACUCUCUGAAUGGUUCCUGGGUGGCUGAACAGCUUGUGGGCGUGGACGAUAUGUUGGGAAGCCUUCGAACAUCUGGAAGGGCAGUUUGUGUGUGUGUGUGCGUCUCUCCCUGCACCAAAAAUACCCGAAGCCUGAAGAAAACCAAUUAUUUCCACCCACAAUUGCUGUAAGCUGUUACCUUUAAUCAAUGCCUAAGAGACUUGGCGGUUAGGAUACCAAUUACCGUGUGCCUCCUGUAAAGAAGCGAAAGAACCUGGAGGGAAAAAAAUGACUAACAGAAAUUAUCUUAGUGAACCAUAUGAACUGGUGAAUUGUGUUUCCCAGUUUUCUUUUCCCUCUCCAUCCAAAAAAAAGCAAUGUUUUGUUUGUCUGUGUGUGUUUAGGGGUUUAAAACAGUGAAGCCACAUGUUGAUAAUUCGUAGCUGUUUUACUGGUGAUUAUAAAGUAUUUAUUUGUAAUAAACAGAAGUCCUUAUGC